AUGGGCGAGGCUGGCGCGACGGAGCCGGUUUCUCCCGGCGCCAGCGCGGAGACCGCGGACACGUCGAACGACGGAAACGCCGCGAACGACGACCCCGCGCGUGAUAUCAAACCUUCCGAGCUCCUGCAGUGGCUUAGGUGCGUCGUCGCCCCCGCGACGCGCGAGGACAGCGCCGCGCUCCGCCGGUGCCCAACUUUCCUCCAACCCGACCCGGUGACCGGUCAAACAGACGCGUCGGUCGCAUUACGCACCGGUAGGCAGCCCGUGAGCGCCGGAGGAGUCACCGGGGGUGACUCCGAGGAGGUGAACUGCAUCGCACUCGACAGGUACAGGGUCGCCACCGCGGUGGUUCGCAUGCAGCCCCGGCGCGGCGCGCGCGGCGGCAGCGGCGGGAGCGCCCGCGCUCGAGCGGCGGCUUGGAACUUCCUCGGGGGCAAGGCGACGUUGACAAAGCCCUCCGUGAUCCGCGUCGGUCAGCAGUUCCAGGCGGAGGUGCCCGCCUGGCACGGACCCGUGCCCCUGGACGGCUCGGCGCCGAUGAUGCCGGAGGAGAUCGACCUCGUGGCUCUCCCCGAGAAGGAGGACGCCCCCGGGAACGAGGUUGCCGUCUACGGCGUGCCCGCUCCGAGGAGCAAGAGGGUGGACGCGAGGCGGGAGAAGGAGGAGGCGGAGCGGCUCAGACAGGCGCGCGAACGCGAGGAACUGGAGCGCGCGAGGCGCGAGAGGGCGAGACGGGCGAUGGAGCAGAGCCGCCUGGCGAGAGAGACCGAGCCCGAGCGGGCCGAGCGCCUGGGCGGUUUCAGGAUCUGGCCUCCGGAGGGCGUGUUCGUGAGGACCCGCGGCUACGACGCGUCGGGCGGGUCCGUGUCCACCCUACAGAGCCUGUCCGCGUCCGCCGGGUCCGUCGGUACCCCGCUCGCGUUGCCCUCGACGUCGGGGGACAAGAGGAAGGCGUCGGACAUGACGGAUUCGGAGGACGCGGACGACCCGACCAAGCGUCCGCGGACCCGAGACAACGAGGGCGGGUUACUCGACGGCAUCAGGACCGUCCUGGCCGAGGGAUCCCUCGCGAUGAUUCGCGCCGCCGCGGCCGCGCGCGCGGCGGCGGCAGCGGCGCGAGCGCUGGCGUCCUCCAGGCUCUCGCCGCGAAAGUCCGGCGCCAGGGACCUGUCCAAGCCGGACUACUCGGACGACGACGACGACGGGGACAACGUCAAGGGUUCGCUGAUGCGAGCGGCGAUGGCCCGCGCGGAUGCCGACGUGGCGGGAGCCAACGCGGCGCGCCUCGUCAUCUUCGGCGCGCCGGAAGCCAUCGUACCUGUUGGCGAUCGCACCGGUGAGGCGGGUAAGAAAGCCGGCGUCGAGUGGGAGGAACCCGUAGAUCCGCCCAAGCCCAAGCGCCCGACGCCGGAGGAGAUCGCCGCGAAGCGUUCGAGGCUGGACGCGAGGCUGCGCGGACGACGAUCCAGCCCCACGCUGAUGGGACUGGAACAGAUGGGGAUCGGCAGCGCGGAGGCCCGGGGUUGGACCUCGGUGCAGGCGACCGCGUUCGAGGAGCAGAUGGUGGCGCACAAGUACAACCUGUUCGCGGUGUCCAGGAUGGGUCGGAAGAAACCUCCGAAGACCAAGUGCGGCCCGGAGGAGGAGAUGCUGCAGGAGGGUAACGAGUUCCUGGGCAAGGACAAGGAGAACGACAAGGCCGGGGACAACAGGGCCAUCGACGACGAGAAGAAGGACGCGGCGAAGGACGAGACGGGCGAGCCGAACGGCGGCGGCGAACGGGCGCCCGGGGUUGAACUCGACGUGGACGACGUGCCGUGUCUCAAGUGCGGCGAGACUGACGGCGAGCCGGAUUUCGUGCUCUGCGACGGGUGCCCCAAGGGUGGCCACUACCAGUGCCUCGGUCUUCCCGGCGUCCCCGAGGGAGACUGGUUCUGCGCCGACUGCGUCAAGGACAAGGAGACGCACCUCUCCCCGCGCAAGGUUCCCUCCGCCGACGAUUUUGACGAGGAACCCUCGGACGAGAGGCUCAAGGGCAAGACGCUGCACGACAUGGUGGACUACUACUACAACAACUGGCUCACCAGGCCCGGCACGAGAGACGACGACGACGACAGGUCCGUGUGCGACGACGACGACGUUCUGCCCGCCAAGCGCAAGUCCAUCGUGUCCGCCAAGCUCGCGAGGACCAUCAGCCAGGAGAAGGAGCUCGCGCGGCUGGGCAUCGUCGACUCGCCCGCGAGAAAGCCGGCGCCAAAACCCAAGAAGGCCGACCCGAAGAAAGACGCCGAACGCGCGUCGAAGAAGGUGGACGAGCUGCUCAGGUUCACGCAGAGGUGCGCGCGGUUCCCGAGGAAGACCGCGAAGACCCUCGCGCCGUCCGCGCUGUCGAGCAAACAGGCGUUGGUCAGGCGGUGGAGGCGGGUGAUGAUCGUCUCGGACGCGGGGGAGGGCGCCGGCGACGAGGCGGAGGCUGAGCUCGCGAGGAAGAAACUCGAGUGCGUCGAGGCGACGCUGACGCGGGCGUUCGAAAACCCGCAGUACCCGAAGGCGGACGUCGCGUUCUCGGACGACGUCGCGUGA